ACUGUCGAUAACAAAUACUGUGACGAUAUAAAAUAUUGAGCUACUACUAAAUGUACUUCGAGGCCAAUACCGGGUGGUGUAUGUAAGAAAGAGACGGAACCAUUAUGUCGACCCUAGCGCAUACAGCUGGCGUCAUGAAGUCAUUAAGCUGUAAACGGCUCACUUACCGUUUACAGUGGAAUCUGAUAAUUAGGACAAACGGUGCAUACAGGAUUCAUAAAAAAUAUUUGGCGUGUUGGGUGCACAUUUGAAUCUCAGAAUACGAGUGACAAAAUUUAACUUUGAAACCGGCCGCUUGUUGCCUAGGAACAGCAUGUGGCUCUACAACGACAACACGGACGGAAGUCCAUCUCCUAGGCGCCGACAAAACCUGACGAGUCCAGACAUACCGACACGGAAUAACGCCGCACUGCCUAUCGUCUCCAAACACGACCAGUUCAUAGAGUUCACACACAGUGAUUUCGAUGCUGACGCUGCGCAGAGCACCGUGCCAUUCAUCGAUAUACAACCAGUAUCGACAUACGUCCAGCCCGUUGACCACAAUGUGUUGCUGAGAGGUGUGGGUUUGAUGCACCGCGGCAUGCAUGGCUCCGGCGGCUACAUCGCUCUCAAACUAUUCUCCUACGACUACACUGCACACGUCCGCGCCCACACCACCGCUUUUACAGAAUUUUAGGUUAACAGUACUGUCGCCAUUACUAUCCCUUAUAUAUACUUACUACCUACUCGCUUCCGGUUACCGGCUUCACACGGGUGUACAUGUAUCAUAUAUAUAAACCUUUCUCAGGAAGAACUCUAUCCAUUAAAAAACCGCUUCAUAAUACGUUGCGUAGUUUUAAAGAUUUAAGCAUAUAUAUGGACAGACAGCUACUUUAUGUAAUACUAUUUACAUAGUAUAAAAUAAAGUCGCUUGCCGCUGAUUACUUUUUUAUUACCUUUUUAUAAUUGAUAUCUUGUUCAAACAAAUAAAUGCUAGACCGAAUUAACGUAAGUUUUAUUCCUAACAAGUAUAAAAUAGUACUUUUUUUAUUCUUUAUUAUUCGAGUCUUAAGACGAAUUUAUAUAAGGUAAUGGUCAGUCCAAUCGUGACUAUUGCUAGUGCAACCAACUCGAAGUGUAUCAAUGUUUCAACUUUCCAGUACUGAUGCAUGUAAGAAAUAUUUUUAAGAUUUAAGAAUAUUGACAUUCCCAUCAAUGUAUAUAUAUGAA